UGCUACUGUGCUGUUCGACGUAAGAAUACUUUUUGCGAAAAAUUUACCAUGCCACCUAAGGCUAGCGGUAAGGCGGUGAAAAAGGCCGGAAAGGCCCAGAAGAACAUCAGCAAAACCGAUAAGAAGAAGAAAAGGAAGAGGAAGGAAAGUUAUGCGAUCUACAUCUACAAGGUGUUGAAGCAAGUUCACCCUGACACUGGAAUCUCCAGUAAGGCUAUGAGCAUCAUGAACAGUUUUGUUAAUGAUGUUUUUGAGCGCAUUGCGGCGGAAGCGUCACGAUUGGCUCAUUACAACAAACGCUCCACGAUUACAUCUCGGGAGAUUCAGACUGCUGUGAGGCUCCUUCUGCCCGGCGAAUUGGCGAAGCACGCUGUCAGUGAAGGAACAAAGGCGGUCACCAAAUACACUAGCUCGAAGUAAAUUACUACAAAAAAACGGCCCUUUUCAGGGCCACCAAUAUUUAUAACGUUUGAUACUCUUGUAUCGU